AUGGCUUAUACUUUUUGAAUAGGUAUCGAUCAGGAAAUAGAAGAUUUUGAUGAGGAACUUAAUCAGAUUAUGAAUGAAGAAGACGAGAACAACAGGGAUUGCGAUGAGACCCAAGAUGCGAUGAUUAUAAUCAACAAUGGGACGAUUGCUGGUGAUAACUCCCGAAAUCUCCAAUCUGUGAUGUCCCUCUCUAGAUUCACCAGCGAUAUUUUCCAAGGUGGAGACAAGCUCAAGGACUCUACAGUUUUAAGUCCAAGGGAGAACAAAUAAACUGUUAGAGUUGUUAGGAGAGAAACAACAGAGCACAAAUAAUGCUAAAGAUAAUACCAAAGGACCACAGUUUUACCCUAAGCCUGAGGAAGAUGAGACCUCUAUCAAGACAGAAGAAAAGCAUGAGAAUCAGAAUUCCUUAUUGAUGACACUGGGCAAUGAUGAGCUUAACUGGCUGAUGAAGGAGCUCGCUUCAGGGAAUAAUGAUGUUAGCAGUGGUCUUGUGGGUGAUACGAUAAAUGACUGGGAGAAUGAAGCCAACCAAGCGUAUGGUAGGGAGCCGUAUGAUAUGGGAGAUGCAGAAGAGAGCAUGACCGAGCUUGAGAAUGAGAUUUUGAAGCAAAUGAACCUCAGCACGAAUUAGAAUAAUAUUUUA